AUGGCAGAGUCCAUCACAAUACCUACCGCGGAGUACGCGUCAUUGGUGAGCAUCUAUGCAUCCCAGUUCUCCUGUCAGUCGAGGCCACGCGCAGUUCUAACAGAGGCAAAGCUCGACACAAGAAACAAGUUUCGUUCCUUGGUGCAGGGAUUGCUUAAUGCAGGAGUCUCCGGCGAGUUGCUGGACGCUUUGAGCCGCAUCAAUCGUCCACUGACACCUCCGAACGACUUCAACUCGACCAAUGUCAACGCGAUCGAACUAAGCCAAAACGGUGCACCGGGCACCGGGCCCAUGCACACAGCUCGUUCUUUCGUUCCUCCAGCCCCUGCCACCGAAAUCCCACACCUUCGCCAGCACGCUGCUGGUUUGCAGGCACACCUUGGUCCAGGAAUUACGGUGCAAGAUGCACCUCAAUACGCUGAGGGAAAUGCCACGCAAGAGGUGGUGGGAGUAUCGAGCAGGCAGAAUCGUGACGGUAUGACGACAGCAAGACGAUCACUUGUCAUUUUAGGACUAUCACCUGCCACGACACUUCACAGCAUCACUCAGGUUCUCAGGGGUGGUGCCAUUCUACAAAUGUAUUUGCGACGCCAGGACUGCUCUGCCCACGUAAGCUUCGUGGACCCGAAAGCAGCAGACAACUUUUAUCGCUAUGCACAGACAAACGAUAUCUAUGUCGCAGGAAAUAGGGUGGACAUAAGAUGGGAAUACCGACAAACUCAGGUACAACCAAGCUUUGCCGACUUCGUCCAAUCGCUCAGUCGUACUCGCAACCUCGUUAUUCGCUCCGCGAGCCCAGAAAUGACUGAAGAUAGCAUUCGAGCAGAUCUCGAGCACAUCCAUCACUUGGAUGUUGUUGACCUCUUCUUCAGAGAUGGUCACGCCCACAUAUCUCUCAACAGCAUUAAAUCGGCUCACACGGCAAAGAACUGCAUGCUUUCGCGGCAGAAAUACAUGAGAUCGAGGAUUGACUUCUAUCCCGAUGAAUGUGCUCGACCACUGCCACGUGCAAAUCUCAAUCUCCUGCAGAACCCUUCAGCCGUCAAUCCAGCUGGCGUCUUCCACAACAAUCGCUUCGCCGUGCUCUUUGAUGAGUCUGAGGAGUCUUAG